GAACCAGCCAAUCCGGACGCGAAUUGAAUGGAAGUGGCAACAUUUGAAAAUUGCCAGUUACUGUUAUGCGUUUCGUUGGACACAGUACUUGUGAAUAGGAAAUUUUAUAUUGGAAUUUCAGCUGGAAUUCAUUUAAGACAGCAUAAACGAGAUGGAAGAUGAGGCAUUCAAAGACAGACAGCAGCAGCUGGCCAUGCUUUAUCAAAAGCUCAGCAAAAUCAAAAAAUAUCUUGAUGAAGAUGACACGGACAACAUUAACCAAGUCAUCGGCUCCAACUCACCAGAAUCCUGCUUGGCGUAUCUGAUGGAUCUAGAGAAGAAAAGGGAUCCUCAGCUGGAUCGGAACCACCUCACCAGACUAAUAGAUUUUUAUACCAGAGUGUUCUUCAGCAUGCCACUGGGGAAGCAUUGUCACAAUGAAAGCUACGCUAAGAUGCUGGUCAGAUUCGCCGAGCUGAAAGCAAUUCAGGACGUUGCCGAGGCAGAGACCCACUUCGACUUGGCAAGAACUCACAGUCAAGACUUUGCCUUUGUCCACAUUGCGCACGCACAGUUUGAGCAAUCUCAAGGCAACAUAAAAAAAGCCGUCCAGAUACUUCAGAAUGCUGUUGAGGUGGACGCCAAACCAAAAGAGUUGCUGGUGGCGGCGCUGCAGAGGAUGCAGACUGAAAAAAGCGAGAUCUGUUUGGAGGAUAAAGAGAACUUGCCAUUAUUAUUUGUAAAAAAUGCACAGGAUUCUGCUGUCAAAAAAAGCUCAGAAUUCUCUAAAGUCCAAAGAAUAUCUGAUGGAACUGGUGAAUUGCAGCUCUCCAGUAUUUUCAAUGUGGGGGCGGAGCCAAUGUCUGGGUCUUCAGACGAUCAGUUUCCUGGUUGGAGAUCAGGAUCCCAUCGUAAAAGAGCAGUUGGCUUGCCUGGGAGAGUACCCGUCUUACCAUUUUCAAUUCCAGAAAACGAUCCUGAUGAUGAUGAUGUCCUUUGGAAAGUCUCCAAAUCAAGCAAUGUAUCCAGUACCAGCAGUUUGUCCAGACAAACAUCUGGUUCAAAUAGGAGCUCUGGACUCGCAAUCUCUUUCUCGAGGAACAGUGCUGAAGGCAGAGAUGUUGUCAGGGAUCAGAAGUUACCAGCUCGCAGUCCGGAUCAGAGCCAGUGGGAGGAGCAGGCAGAUUCCACCACAAAACUCCUUCAAAGUCGCAACGUGAGAGAAUCUUCAAAAAUGGAGGAUAUGACUGCCACCUUUGAACAAAUCCUCAAUUCCAAUUCUCCUGAGUCGUGCUGGAAGUACUUGAUGAACCUGGAGAAAAGAGGAAACCCUCACACAGACAUCAGCCUCCUCAAUAAGCUCAAAGACUGCUGCUCAGACAUCUUUGCCCGAUUUCCAAUCAGACAGUACAGCAAAAACAGCAGCUAUGCCAGGAUACUUGUCAAAUAUGCAGAACUGAAGGGGAUUGAAGAUCCAGAUGUGGCACAGGACCACUUCAUAAUGGCGAGAUCCAGCUGCAAGGGCUUUGCCUUUGUCCACAUUGCUCAUGCCCAGUUUGAGAUUUCUCAAGGUAAUGUGUCCAAAGCCUCCUCCAUUUUGCAAAAAGCUCAGGCGUUAAAUGCCAAACCAGCCGAACUCCUAGAAAUGGCCAUGCGCAACCUGAAGGCUGGAGAAAAACAGCUGGUUCCCCCUAUGGAGGAGGACUCGCCAACAGCAGAUGUCGCAGAAAGUUGCCCUACCUCCGGUGGAAACCAGGAGGUUCAGCUUCCUGCUCGGGUCCCUGUGAAGAACUCAGUGGAACCGGUUAAACCUGCCAGAAAGGAGCCUGAAUCGGAGCAGAAGAUCUUUAGUCUGGUCAGCCGACGGGUUUCUCCAGAGGAUAAACGGAUUACACCUCCUGAUCCCCGACCUGUUCCACGUCUUUUGGAGUCUUUCCCCACUCCCUCCAUUCAUCCUCCAUCUACAGCAAACCCCCAAACAGUCUGUCAGACACCUAAUGGAUUCAAGUACCCAUAUGCAAACAACUUCAUUACUCCUGUUGUCAAGCGAGGGCCUGAGGUAUCCACCUCUGCAGUAUCGGCUCACAGAGCUGAAGCGGCUCAGCAGCCCUGCACACCUCUGAGCUACACAUCCGGCCUCCAGACUCCACAGGCUCCCUUCAGUUCCAUUUCAAACGAAUCAAUCACCAUAAAAGGAAAUCAGUUCUUCAUCCUGAAGAUGAUUGGUCGUGGCGGCUCCAGCAAGGUCUACCAGGUGCUCGAUCACAAGAAGAGGCUGUUUGCUGUGAAGUAUGUGGAUUUGGAGGUCGCGGAUGCUCAGACCAUAGAAAGUUACAAAAAUGAAAUCGAGCACCUGAACCACUUGCAGCAGUUCAGCGACCAAAUCAUAAAGCUCUACGAUUAUGAAAUAACCAACAACUGCAUCUACAUGGUGAUGGAGUGCGGGAGCUUGGAUUUGAACACCUGGUUACGAAACCGCAAAACUGUCAACCCGCUAGAGAGGAAAUUCUACUGGAAGAACAUGCUGGAGGCCGUCCACACUAUCCACCAACAUGGUAUCGUCCACAGUGACUUGAAACCAGCUAAUUUUGUCAUAGUCAACGCUUCGCUGAAGUUGAUCGACUUCGGCAUCGCCAACAGAAUCCAGCCCGACGAAACAAGCAUUAUGAAAAAUUCCCAAGUUGGAACCCUGAACUACAUGCCUCCUGAAGCCAUCAAGGACACUUCAUCUCAACCAGGAAAAGCUCGCUCAAAGAUCAGCCCUAAAGGUGACGUGUGGUCCCUUGGAUGCAUCCUCUACGCCAUGACUUAUGGGAAAACCCCUUUCCAGAGCAUCACAAACCAAAUCGUCAAGCUGCACGCCAUCAUCGAUCCCUCUCAUAAGAUUGAGUUUCCUGAAAUCGAAGAGAAGGAUUUGCUUGACGUUUUGAAGAGGUGCUUGAUACGAAACCCAAGAGAGAGAAUCUCUAUUGCAGAACUGUUGGUGCAUCCGUACCUCCAGCUAAAGCCGCAACCAUCUCCUGAACCAGAAACUCCGUCCAACAUCGACCUGAAAAGGAUCCUAACGGACCUGGCAGCACUCCAGUCUCCAAACAGCAUCGUCCGAGCCGCAGAGAAUCUGGCAAAAAGAUGCGGGAGCGGCAGGAGGCUUGAUGUCACAGAAUGUGCAAAGUCUUCUUCCUAACUGUCCCGAAACCUUUCUUCUUCUUUUAGUUCCUGUUUAUAUUGUGUUAUUUCAUUCUCAUAAUUUUUGACCACUAUUAAAGUAUUGUGUUAUAGGAUGUCUGAAUGAAAAAAAAAAACUGUUUCUAUCCUCAGUCCUUUUUAUUUAGUAAAGCAAAAGUUACUGUAAACAUGUUCAUUAUCAUUUAGACAAAUAAACACACUGUGACCCA